GUGACACUACCACUACAUCAAGUGGAUUCCUAUAACUCACACUCAAGACUAAGUAACCCACUUGAGAUCCUCUGUAAUUAACCCUUGAUUUUGUGCCUAUAUAUAGACCAUUUCUCCACCAAAAUAUCCACAACCAAACACUAACAAGUUUCACACACAAACACACACAUUGAUCCGAAAAUGAUGACGUGGAGAGGCAUAUCUUCAGUUGUAGUAAUAUUGUUGGUGGCAGUUAUGGAGUCCGGUUGCGAAAGCAGAGGUGUGGGCGGGUCCAGGAGCACCGAGUUCAUCCGAACAUCCUGCUCCACCACCUCCUACCCCAAGCUCUGCUACUCCUCCCUCUCCACCCACGCCACCGCCAUCCAGCAAAACCCCAAGCUCCUCGCCAACGCCGCCCUCUCCGUCAGCCUCCACACCGCCCUCUCCACCUCCGCCGACAUGCUCAAGCUCUCCCACGCCGCCGGCAUGACGCCCCGAGAGGUCGGCGCCAUGCGGGACUGCGUGGAGGAGCUCGCCGACUCGGUCGACCAGCUCAGAAAAUCCAUGGCCGAGAUGAACCAGAUCAAGGCCUCCAACUUCCCGUCCAUUAUGAGCGACGUUCAGACAUGGGUCAGCGCCGCCUUGACGGACGAGUCCACCUGCAUGGACGGCUUCGCCGGGAAGCUUAUGGCCGGCGGCGUCAAGACGGCGGUUCGAGGGAAGAUUGAAAAUGUGGCGCAUAUGACCAGCAACGCCUUAUCUCUCAUCAAUGCCUAUGCUACUCUUCGUGCUUGAUUAAUGUUCUACCUAUACUUUAAUUUGUUUCAAAACGUAUGCUAGUGCUAGAUAUUAUGUUUUAUUGUUGUCUACUGCGCGCAUGCACUUUUUUGAGUAAGUAUAAGUGUAUAAAUUGGUAAUAUAUGUACGAUUUGAUUGCUUAGAAGUUAAUGGAUUCUAGUUAAUUACAUCAAUGAAAAUUAAAGUUAGUUUUUGGUA